AUGUCUUCAUCAUCGAUUCGUAAUCCAACUGCUUUAGCCUUGAAAAGCAUUGGUUCAUUGUACGGAAACCCUCACGUGUUGAGAAAGAAAUUUUCGCUUCGUAUGAUUAAAAAGAUUCACUUUAAUUAUUGUCCAUUGAUGUUGAAGGAAGUAAACAAGGGAGCUAAGGAUUUUUAUGAUAGAUGUUGGGCACCAAAAACAAAAACCACAAACCCAGAUUGUAGUAUUUCGAUUGAUGUAUAUGAUAAUAAUGCUGAUUCUAAACCACCAUCUCUAAUUAUUGAAUUUGAAGAUGGUAGAAAAUUGGACUUUUCCGAUGUGAGUUAUGUAUCAACAGCUGCUAUCAUGGAAGCUAUUCAAUUAAAAAAGAAAAAGAUUAAGAAAUAUUAUCAAACUGUCGGAAAGGAUUAUUAUGAAACUGAAGAUGAAGAAAAUCCAUUAGCUUUACAAGAUAAAAAGGACGAAGAAGAAGCUAUGGCAGGUGCCAAGAAAAAGAAGAAGAAAUAA